CUGCUCACGGACCCCGGAGACGGCGAGGAGAUGGGCGCGGAGGCGAGGCAGCUGGAGCUCCCCCGCAUCGACUUCUCCGGCGUGGACCCGUCGGCGCCGGGCGCCGGGGAGUGGGCGGCGGUGCGAGCCCAGGUGGUCGACGCCCUCGCUACGUUCGGCUGCUUCGACGCGCACUACCCGGCGCUCACCCCGGACCUCCGCGCCGCGUUCUUCGACGGCGCCGUCAAGAAGCUCUUCGCGCUCCCUGACGACGCCAAGCGCCGCAACACCUGCAGCCCCGACAGGCCCCUCUUCGGCUACCUCGGCAGCAUGGCCGGGUUCACGAACGCCUACGAGAGCCUCGCCAUCUCGGACCGCGUCGAACCAGAGCGCGUCCGAGCCUUCGCCGACCUCAUGUGGCCGGGCGGCGACAACGCCGCCUUCUGCGAGGCCGUCCAUGGCGCGGCGCGGCGGAUCGCGGAGCUCGAGGAGUCGGUGCAGAGGAUGGUGAUGGAGGGGCUCGGGGUGCCCGAGUACCACGACGCGAUGAGGGAGUCGAUGCGGCACGUGUUCCGGAUGGCGCGUUACAACGCACCCGGCGGCGACGCCGAGGGGAAGGAGGUCAGGUACGGGACCCACCAGGACUGCAGCAUGCUCACCGUCGUCUGCCAGCACGCGGUGGACGGCCUGGAGGUGCAGACCGGCGACGGGGAGUGGAUCCAUUUCAGGCCGUCGUCGCCGGCGUCGCUCGUCGUCAUAGCCGGCAACGAGCUCCGGGCGUGGACAAACGACAGGGUGCGCGCGCCAUUUCACCGGGUCACCGUCGGUGGGGAUGUCGCUAGGUACUCGGCCAUCUUGUUCGCGCUGCCCGGUCUGAAGAUCCAGGCGCCGGAUGAGCUCGUUGACGAGGAGCACCCGCCCCGUUUCAAGCCCCACUGCAACGACGACUUCAUGCACUUCUGCGUCGCUCAUGGAGCUCGCCAUGAGGAUAGACUCAAGGACUUCUGCGGAGUGUAGGCAACGAUGUACUACUACUACUACCUGCGACCCUGAGCCCCAAGUACUGUCUGAACGAAACAAGAACACUCUGGGAAGCGUGAGAGGAAUGAAUCGGUUUCGAAGUAUGUGACGUUUAAUCUGCGAUCUUACUGCCGAGUAUGAAACUAUGAAUAAGUUCCGAAGCAUAAGUUUGCAUUUGUUUGAACAAUAAAUGAAUAUGUUUUUUUUCUCAUUUUA